AUGGCUAGCAAUGGCCAUGAAACCGAAUCCCCGCAGAGACACCGUAUAGGUGAACACUGGAGCGGUGCAAACCCCGUUCCCACGGUCCAGAAGUUCGUCGAGCAUCUCGACAGAGAGAAGAAGGAGCGAGACCUUCGCAUUGACCAGGAGAAUAAAUCCAAACAAGAACGAGAGCGCAAGAUUCAAGAACUUGGACAUGAUGAUGAACAAGGGGAUGUUUCUGCACAUAAGGCACGGGAAGUGUCCCAGGCCAAGACCCGGAUGGUGACCGAUCCCACCACCGGUCGCGAAAUUGGAGUGGAAGACCAGGAUGAGACAUCUAUGGAUGCUGUCAAGAAUCCAACUCUGACGGUUCCUAAUGCGAACCUCGGACAACCAACCGACGUCAAAACCAGCCAUGACCAAGAAUUUUCGGAGUAUAAGGAAAAUCAAGAUAUCACAGCGCCCCCAGAUCCCAUCGCCGAGGGCACAACAUCCGAUGUCCCAAUCCGCGGAGAGAAAACGAACGUGCUAUUCCACCCUACUCCGACUAUAUCAUACAAGCCGAUGUUUGACCAACUAGAGAGACGUGGAAUGGGGCUUUGUAUUGGAAUCCCAUUAGCAAUUAUCUUUCUCGGUCGGUUUUUCGGAGGAUCGCUGCUAGGACUUAUCCCCCUGGCCGCGUGCAUCGCAAGCGGCGUUUGGCUAUGGGUGCAGCAGGUGAUUAGAAGUGGCAGAGAUAUGGAAUGGCAUAGCGAGCAGCUUCGCGGAGAGACCGCUACUGCGAAUCUUCUCCCCGAAUCGGUCGAAUGGAUGAACAGUUUCCUCAGCGUGGUCUGGGGUCUUGUCAACCCAGACAUGCUCAUACCAAUGGCUGAUACAAUUGAAGACAUCAUGCAAGCGUCCGCGCCCAGCGUCGUGGAGAACGUCCGCAUUGCCGAAAUUGACCAGGGAAAUAAUUCCCUCCGCAUUCUGAGCAUGCGUGCUCUUCCCGAUGACCAUGUGGAGAAUCUGAAGCAAAAUAUCCACGAGGAGAAUAUCAAAAAUAAAGAUCCCCAAGAAGCUGCCGCUGCAGAGGAAGGUGGUAGUUACUAUAACAUGGAAGCUUCAUUUGCGUAUCACGCCAAGCCGACGGGCUCAAGUGCGUCCUCCAAAGCCCGUAACAUGCAUAUGCAAAUUGUGUUCUACUUGGGUGUUCGAGGACUUUUCGGAGUUCCUUUCCCUGUAUUCGUCGAGCUUACCGAAUUGGUCGGGACGGUUCGACUUCGUCUUCAGAUGACCCCCGAGCCGCCUUUCGCGAAGGAACUGACCUUCAGCUUGGUCGGUAUCCCUCAUGUGAAGGCAGCUUGCGUGCCUAUGCUCAAAAGAGGGGUGAAUAUCCUCAAUCUGCCUCUCAUCUCGAAUUUCGUGAACUACGCCAUCGGGGCCGCUUGCGCCAUGUUCGCUGCGCCUAAAUCCAUGACGAUGGAUCUGAGCAUGUUGCUGAAGGGUGACGACAUCCACAAAGAUACCCUGGCUUUGGGUGUUAUGUGGAUUCGUAUCCACCGGGCAAUCGGCUUGAGCAAGCAGGAUCGCCGUGGCAGUGAGGGCGGCGGUAGUGAUCCGUACAUCAACCUGUCCUUCUCCAAAUAUGGAAAACCUAUGUACUGCACACGAGUCAUUACCGACGACCUGAAUCCGAUGUGGGAAGAGACUGCUGCUCUACUUGUGACGCCAGAGUUGAUUAAAGCGGACGAAAACCUCAGCAUUGAACUCUGGGAUUCGGACCGUAACACGGCGGACGAUGUUGUCGGAAAGGUCGAGCUGCCCAUCCGUGAAAUGCUUCAGCACCCUGGUCGCAUGUUUCCCCAGAUCUCCAAGCUCCAGGGCCUUGACGAGGGCAGUGAGAUGCCUGGCCAGCUGCACUGGGAGGUGGGAUACUUCGGGAAGCCCAAGCUGCGGCCAGAGCUACGCACGGAUGGUAAAAAGAAGGACCUCCCAGAGAACCUCAAGGGAAAUCCUACGUUCGAAGAUGAAAAGGGAAGCAUCAACAGCGAGGAAGAAGAUGCCGUUAUGCACACACCUCCCGACCCGAUCUGGCCGAGCGGUAUUGUGCAUAUCGUCGUGCAUCAGAUUGUGAAUCUCCAACUCGCCAACAUCAAGGGUAGCGACGGAAACCGGAAGGGCAAGGAGUACGAGCCUGCUAAACCAUUUGGUGAAAACACCGAGGAGCAGGGCGACGAGCUUCCUACGAGUUACUGCAAGAUCCUGCUGAAUGAUCAGCUGAUCUACCGUACACGUCCCAAGGCCGUGAGCUCUAAACCCAUAUUUAACGCCGGAACCGAACGUUUUGUUCGCGAUUGGCGAUCUGCCGUGGUUACUGUUACUGUUCGAGACCAGAGAUACCGCGAGCACGAUCCAAUCCUCGGCGUCGUCCCUCUCAAGCUGUCCGACAUCUUCCAGACAAGCUCCCAGGUUACGCGAUGGUACCCACUGGAUGGUGGUGUCGGGUUUGGACGUAUUCGCCUCUCUCUUCUUUUCCGACAUGUCGAGACGAAGCUUCCCCCGGCCAUGCUCGGCUGGGACGUUGGCACCUUUGAAUUUGUGGCCGACAAGGUGGUCGCAAAGGGAUUCGGGCGCCAGUCGAAGAUCAAGCUGCGCACCGGUGGGAGCGUUGGCAAGAUCGGUCGGGCAGCUUGCAAGCUUGAAGGAAGCGACGUGGUCUACGAUACAUCUGACGAGAGCUACCGCGAUUCAUUGCGUCUGCCCGUCAAGCAUCGGUAUAGGUCACCCGUCGUCUUCGAGUUCCAUAGCCAGGGCAAGCGUAGCGCGACAGCAUAUGCUAUUCUCUGGUUGCAGCAUCUAGUCGACAACGAGGAUACUGAUAUUGAUAUCCCCAUCUGGACGACAAAAUCCGGCCCGCGCCUGACGCAGAACUAUGUCACAGAGAAGAACUGGAAGGCCAAGGAAGUCCCUGGUCUCGAAGAUCUCACCGAAGUUGGAAGACUCCAAUUCCGCUGCAAAUUUUCGCCGGGCAUCGACGAGUCACACGAGCGCUUCGUUGUCGACAAUGAUUCACGCGAGACCUUCGAGACGUGGGAAGCAUGCAUGGCGCAAGGUGUGCGGUCCCGCACCGUCGAAAAGGAUGUCCCCGAGGAAGUCCAGCAGAAGCACGAAAAAUCGCUCAUCGAGGGUAGGGAUGUUCUCAAACAGGCUGAUCCAGCGGAGCGUCGUCGCUGGCUUGAUCGUGAAGGACACGAUUGGAGCGGUGCCUUUGGUCAAGAUCCGCGCGCCUACACAGACUCCCUCGGACGAAAAGUGGCAGAGCCUGGUCGUGAUACUCCUCCCCAUGACCCAGUGACUCCCCCGCCUCUCAAAGGCCAGCCAAAUCCCAGGCGGAAGGAUGGGGCUGGUGAGGCAGAGGCAGUUAACGGGGGAAAUGGUGAGCUAUCGGAUGAGUCGUCAGACUCGGAAAGCGAGGAGCUCUCCCGCGGUCCUUCGACAAUCAGCCAUACAGCCGAGGCCUCCUCGUCGAAAGCCAGCAUGUCUCAGACCGAAGAGUCUAACCGACGUAGUGAUCAGCGACAACAGCGGGGCUUAAUGCAGUGGCGUCCAGCACGCAAUGCGGUCUUCGUGAAGGACGAGGCCAAGUUUGCAUUGAACAAAAUAAAGAAAAAGGUUGGCGUCGGGGGGGUUGACUGGCCGAGAGCCGGACGUUGA